AUGAUCGAGCGGUUGGUUGAACUUGAAAGUUCUAUUCGUGGAACUCUUGGCUUACUAGAUAAUCCUCUAGAAGGAUUAACAGUAGAUGAGUGGAAAGUAACUAAAGAACUGUGUAUAGUGUUAGGUCCGUUUGAAGAGGCAACAAAAGCUGUAAGUGGAGAUAAAUACAUGGCAGCUUCUUUAGUUAUAGUCUUAGCUGAAGGACAUAAAAAUGUAUGCAGCAAACUACAAAAAGAAAAUUACCAUCAAAGAGUGAACAAUGUUUUAAAUAAAUUAUUAUCUGGAAUAAAUGAUAGGGAUCGCUGGGGUAACAUUAUUGGUCGUCAUACACUAGUCCGUUGUACAUUCCUCGAUCCACGAUUCAAAAACAUUCCGUUCACUGAAAAUCACCUACAAAUAAUUAAAAGUGAAUUAAUAGAAAGAACUGCAUCAAUUAUAUCAGCCAAUAGGUUGGACAAUGGGGUGAAACGUACUUUACCGACUACUACUGCUUCAGAAAAUGAACAAGGGUUUUCAAUUUGGAGUUCCAUCGAUUCAAAAGUGUCCGAAAUUCAACAUACAGGGACCAAUACAUCGAGUGCAAUUAUAGAGGUACAAAUUUACUUAGAAGAUGACAUACAGAACCGCAACACUGAUGCAUUAAAAUGGUGGAUGGUUAAUAAACAUAUAUAUCCAUAUUUGAGUCAGCUUUCCAGGAGAACACUUUGCUGUCUUGGUACAUCAGUGCCCUGUGAACGCGUGUUCUCUAAAGCUGGUUUACUCAUCAGUGACCGCUGA